AUGACUGGUUUUGUGCUCCAGGCUCCAACUGUGACUGACUGCAUUAGCACUGAUUUUGCAGAAUAUAAUGUCGAUGGCGGUAAAGAGGAUCUGUUUGAUAUCAAUGAAGAGGCUGCUCUUGAUCUUUUUGAGGGAGAUAUUGUAUAUGAUGAGAAUCUGGGGAGAAAUUCUAUAAUUGGUGAUGAAUACAGAUGGCCAAAAGUGAUUCCUUAUUACCUUGAGGAUGAUUUGGAUAUUAAUGCCAAAGGCGUGAUCCUGAAGGCCUUUGAACAGUAUCGACUGAAGUCAUGCAUCGACUACAAACCCUGGAGUGGAGAAGAAAACUACAUCUCUGUAUUUAAAGGCAACGGCUGCUUCUCAUCAGUGGGGAACCGGCGUGUUGGCAAACAGCGGCUGUCCAUCGGCAGUGGAUGUGAUCGUAUCGCAACCAUCGAGCAUGAGUUUCUCCACGCGUUAGGCUUCUGGCACGAGCAGUCGCGCUCCGACCGGGACGACUACGUCUCCAUCAUCUGGGACCGCAUUACUGAAGGCAAGGAGCAUAACUUCAACAAAUACAACGACAGCACAUCCAGUGCCCUGAACGUUCCCUACGACUACGGAUCCAUGAUGCAUUACAGCAAGAAAGCCUUUCAGAACGGCUCCGAGCCCACCAUCGUCACCAGGAUCCCGGCCUUCAGCGAUGUGAUCGGCCAGCGCAUGGAGUUCAGCGACAGCGACCUGCUCAAACUCAACCGACUCUACAAAUGCUCCAGCUCCUCCACAUUUCUGGACUCCUGUGACUUUGAGUCGGAGAACAUCUGUGGAAUGAUCCAAAGCCGUGAAAAUGAAGAUAAUGCAAAUUGGCAGCGUGUUUCCAGAGCCGCAGGUGGACCAGACACAGACUACACCAACAUGGGACGCUGUGACGGAAAGGGUUACUUCAUGCACUUCAGCACUGCGGGCGGGCCGGAGGGGAACAGGGCUCUGCUGGAGAGCAGGGUUCUUUAUCCCAGACGGGGAUUCCAGUGUCUGCAGAUCUUCCUCUAUAACAACGGCCACGCUAAUGACCGGCUGAGGAUCUGGACUCGAGAGUACGACACGGCAAACCCCGACGGGACCCUGCGGCUCAUUCACGAGGUUAAAGCUCCUCUUGGUGACCAGUGGCAGCUCCAUCACGUCAGCCUGAACGUCUCCAGAAAGUUCCGAGUGGUUUUUGAAGGAAUCAAAGGGAGCGGGAACGCCGGGGGACUCUCACUGGACGACAUCAACCUCUCAGAGACCAGCUGUCCUGAACACGUGUGGAGGAUCGAGGACUUCAGGAGCGUCCUGGAGAACACGCCGAUGGACGCCGCCAUUUACAGCCCACGCUUCACGUCUAGAGACGGCUACAGCUUCCAGAUGGGCCUGUAUCCCAACGGAACAGCCGGAUCCCCGGGAGAGCUGGGAGCGUAUGCGCACCUGACAUCCGGAGCCGGAGCGGUGGAGGACGGUGUGGUCUGGCCCGCGCGCUGGAAGCAGAUGACCAUGAUGCUGAUGGACCAGAACGCAGACAUUCGCAGACGCAUGAACAACCAGAGGAGCGUCACCACAGACCCCAGCAUGACUGUGGAAGGGACUGGAGAUUUCUUCUGGGACGAUCCGCGUAAAGUAGGUGUGAAGGUGACAGAAGGCGGUGGGACGGAGUAUUUCCGUGGUCCUGGCGCUGGAACGCCGGUUUUCCUGACGCAGGCCAGAGCGCUGAGCCGAGACUUCCUCAAGAGCGGAGACGCAAUCUUCCUCCUCACUAUGGAGGAUAUCUCUCAUCUGGUAGUUUCACAGCCCUUGCCUUCCACAACCACAAAUCCACCAAACUCAGCUUCCUCUGUAACACCAGACCCAGACAGCAGCAGCAUGACCCCUGUGACCCCUGUGAACCCUGUGACCUCCAGCGCUGCGCCUCCUGACCCGUGUGUGUCCGUACGGUGUGAGAAUGACGGUGUGUGUGUGCUGGACGACGCGGGACACGCCGUGUGCAGGUGUGUGGUGGGACAGGACUGGUGGCAUUACGGCGACAGGUGCCAGUUUAAGAGCUCUGCUCAGAGCAGCGUGCUGACGGCGGUGCUGGCGUCUGUGGCUGUGUUUGUGCUCAUGCUGAUGGUGACGGUGGUCAGUGUGAUCUGUGUGAAGAAGCAGCAGAGGAAAGUGCAGCGUGAAGGAGAGGGAAUCACCAUGAAUAACAUGCACUCGUUCGCAUGAAGAUCUGAACUUUCCUCUAAUGUACAUUAUGACUCAUUAAAAACA